AUGCAUGCCUAUUCUGGUUAUUCUCCUAUUCCAACUUCUUGGAUUGGUGAUUAUGGUGCCAAUAACCAUGUCACUUAUGAUCUCUCUGCUCUGAACAAUCUUGCGCCUUACUCUGGUUCCGACAAUUUCUAUGUUGGUGAUGGUACAAGUUUGCUUAUCUCUAAUAUUGGCUCUAUUAUGUUGUCCAAUGUUAUAACCUCUGAUUAUGUGCUUCGAAAUGUUCUCUAUGUGCCUACUAUUUCUCAGAAUCUUCUCUCUGAUUCUACUAUAGAGAGGAUACUCUAUCAAGAUCCAGUUAAAAAUGGCCUUUAUUUGUUUGAGGCUUGUUCCACUACUACCCUUAUUGCUUGUUUGGCUACUAAGGCUCCACUUGCCUUACGAUGGUCAUCCCUAUCUUCCUAUCAUGACUAA